GAUAAGAUAGCUGAAUGACAGUUCUAAAAUUCACUGCAGCAUAACUUUUUCAACCCACAAAUAUUUCUGAUUUUCAUUCUCUGAAUUCUUCUUUCUUCCCCAAGAAUACCUAGGAUGAAUGUAGAGUUCUGAGAAACUGCUCAACUUGGGUAGAAGGCUCCACGUUUCCAUAGUCAUGGCACUUUUUUCUUUCCUAACCCCUGUCUUUGUGGCCAUUAUAUGUGUUUUGAUUGGGGUAAUACUGAAGAAGACUGAUGGAGAAAAGAAAAAACAUGAGGCUAAAAACAAGCCUCUAUCUCGCCCGUGGGUGGAUGAAGAUUUAAAAGAUGGCACUGACCACCACUUUGAGGAAGAAGAGGCUGAUGAAGAGUGGCAAGGAAUUGAUGAAAAUGUUACCCACGUCCCCUUCUUCGCAGAGCGUUACUCUGAGGCCGAAAUGAUUAAAAGGUCACAGAUGUUUUAUGAGCUUCUUAAUAAAAGGCGAUCUGUCAGGUUUCUCAGUGAUGAGCCGGUCCCCAGGGAGGUUAUCGAUAAUGUCAUCAGAACAGCAGGUACUUCACCCAGUGGAGCACACACUGAGCCCUGGACCUUUGUGGUAGUGCAAGAUCCAUCUUUAAAACAUAAGAUUCGUGAGAUUGUGGAAGAAGAAGAAGAAAUCAACUACAAAAAAAGGAUGGGAGACAGAUGGGUUAAUGACCUGAAGAGACUGAGAACAAAUUGGAUUAAAGAGUACUUGGACACUGCUCCCUAUCUUAUCCUCAUUUUCAAGCAGGUAUAUGGGAGGCUUCCAAAUGGCAAAAAGAAGACCCACUACUACAACGAAAUCAGUGUUUCUAUUGCUUGUGGUAUCUUGCUUGCUGCACUGCAGAAUGCUGGUUUGUACACAGUGACCUCCACACCCCUCAACUGCGGCCCCCAACUCCGGGCGCUGCUCCAGCGCCCAGCAAAUGAGAAGCUACUCUUGCUGCUCCCAGUUGGCUAUCCCAAGAAAGAUGCUACUGUGCCUGCACUGACCCGAAAGCCGCUGGAAGACAUCAUGGUGGUCAUGUGAGCACAGCACCACAAGGAAGGAGUACAACCCUGCUGCGAGCUAGUAACCAGCAGCCCACUGAAAGUUAUUUCUGCUCUUACAUCACUGCUGCUUUUUAGACCUGUAUUUCUUUAAUGCUAGAAAUUGUGGUGGCUGCUUCUACUAGCAGAAGCAAGCAGUCAAGCACUGUGCAUUUGACAGGUGCUAUUAUCAAGGAGCCCAGGCACUUGUUCCAGGGGACAUGUGCAAUGGCAUUUAAAUGACCUUCAUCACUCGAUUUUUCUUACGCUUUGUAGGGACAAAUCUUUUCUUGAAUGGAAAUGUAUAUUCUCCUUAUAAUUUUGUUAUAAACAUUACACAGUUAUUUUCACUUCAGAUUUUUAAUGGAGGUUUAUUAAAAGACAUGAAGAGGCCAAACUCAGCUGUCUUGUCUUGAUCAAUGUGUGCUAUUUAAAUGCCCCUUCAUUGUGUUCAGUUCUGCAUAGGAGGAAGGUAUUUUUCUCAUAUACAGUAGCAUUUUCCCUACUUGAUUGAUCUUAAACUUGCCUAUACCAGGCUUUCUUAAACUAUUCCUGGUACAAGCAGGUUUGUCUGCAGAAGAUCUAGUAGGAACAAGGCAUCUAAGUAAUUUUCUUGUUACCAUUUAUUUAUACAUGUUCUAGGCACAGUUAGGUGACAUUUCAGCUGUCAGUUGUGCCUGCUAUAUUUGUUGCUUCCACUGGAAGCAGUCCAGAGUGAACUACCAUUCUUGUUAUCCUGUUUAUACCUACAACUGUAUCACCCUGAAAUUUGAACUGCUUUAGAGAUGCUAGUACAUGAAAGGUGCUUAGACAUCACACCAAAUCAGACAUAUUAAGGUUUAUUUUAAGGCCUCUUUCCCCCAAAGCAAUGGUCCCUACUAUAAGCCUGUCUACAAGCAAGAUGUGAAUGGGCACUAGUGGGAGUCACUCAUUAGAAAAAUUGGCGCUGUCAAUAUCUGUGCUGGCAGAGCCCCCUCGUGGGGUUGGUUGCUGUUCCUGCCGGCUUUGUGAGUAGUACAGGAUGAAAACACCGCGAGAGACACCCUUUCACUGAAUUUAUCCAUGUUAUGUUGAAUACUUUCCCACCCUGCUCUCUGCUUCAGGCAAAUUCAGCCAAACCGGCUUUAGCCUUCCUUCAGGUUGCUUGAGUUAACUUACUGCACCUUGUCUAAAGUCAGUCCUGUUUGACAUGACCUGUGGUCACCUGAGCGAGUGGAGGGGAUCUAUUCUGCAGAGGUACAGAUUUUUGUGGUGUUGGUCCCUCUGUCACCCACUGAGAAAAACUAUUUUUCUCUUUGGCAGACCAUUUUGCUGGUAUGUAGCAGGCAUGGCUAUGCAUUCACCUGUUUUACUAGCCCUGCUUUACAUCUUCAAUUGUAUAGUGAUGGCAGGAAGAAAUUCACAUGCAGACCUAGUUUAAAAUGAGCUUUUAUAAUUACAGCAAAAUGAAAAAAAAAAGAAGUCCUGUCUCUACAUGCUUGCAAGGUCUAAAAGCUAAUUGAAAGGAAAGGGACGAGUUGAAUCAAGAGAAGGCUGACCUGCUGCAUGUUCCAAGUUAUCAGGAAUACAUGUUAAGGUUGCUGUAGCAAGUCUUCCUUCUGUGCAGGCACUGCCCUGACACAUUGGGGCCCUUUGCAAAGUAGUUUGUACCUGUUGUAAAAGUAUAUAAGACCUCUUAUAUUUGCUUUAAUUCAGACUUUAUGUUGACAGGGGGCUGAACUUCUGUUGCUUUGUGAUAUCUCCUAUAGACACAGAUAUAAACUACUUCUGCUUGGCCUCGGUCUGCAAAAUAGAUAGCAUGUUUAUUCUGUGACAGUACUCAAAGAAGUUUUAACAAAUGAAUUCAGUCUAAACCAGCAUCAGCUUGCAUAUAAAAGGCUAUUUCUAGUUUCAUAAUUAAAAAGUGAAGAACUAAACCACUUCAGAAAUAUUUAAAAAAUUGUCACAAUAACACUGGCUUACACAAAUGCACCUCUUUAUAUCAACAAAGAAUAAUGCUUUCUUUUUUUCACACAUAUAUUGAUGCUGGAAACUAACAUGUAUAUAGUAGCAGAAAAAAAACAAGCCCUCACACCUACUGGAUGGGAAAGAUUCCACUCUGGAAAGCACUUCUGGAAUCAUAAAGUGUAUAAAAAAGAUACACUUUUUUUUCCACAGAAAUACCUAUUCAAAUUCAAAUACUCCACUAGUAUUACAGCUGCUAAAGAUGCUGCAGUUCCUCUUAUAAACAGUAUUGGUGCUCCUGUCGUGACUAGCCUACUUGGAAUUGCCAUUGUUUUCCAGUAAGUGUGUUGUCUUUACUUAA